GUCCGCUGGUAAAUGUAGUCCUUAUGAGCGACGUACAGUUUGACGUAGUCGCUGAUCUGUUGACACAGAAAGUGCACAUCCAUUAAUGAUUAACGAUGUAACAUAUUCAAACUUUGAUACUCCUAAUCUCUUAGUGAAGUACUAAUAGUGCACUCAACUUUACGGGUUCUUACGAGCCAGCUGAGCGCUAUGGCGGCCCUGAGAGCAGCUAAACAGACGCUCAGGAAAGAGAUAAAGACGCGUGUGGCUGCUCUGAACGACGAGGAGAAACUUCGUCAGUCUCACAUCGUUUCACAAAAGCUGUUUAAACAUCCCAACUACAGAAGCAGCCAUCGUGUCGCUGUGUUCCUGAGCAUGCAUGAUGAAGUUCGCACUGAGGCCAUCCUUCAGCACAUGUUUAGCAGCGGCAAGGUCUGUUUCAUCCCCAGGUACCAGAGCGACAGCAACCACAUGGACAUGCUGCGGCUGAACAACAUGGAGGACAUGAACUCACUGCCCGUCACCAGCUGGAACAUCCGGCAGCCCGCUGACAAUGACGCAGAGAGAGAGGAAGCGCUCGCUACAGGUGGUUUAGAUCUGAUCCUGAUGCCCGGACUGGGCUUUGAUAAAAAUGGCAAUCGUUUGGGGCGAGGUAAAGGCUUCUACGACUUGUACCUUCAGCGCUGUAUGAAGCAUCCUAAAGGCAAACCCUACACCAUCGCACUUGCCUUUAAAGAGCAGCUGUGCGAGCAGGUUCCUGUGGACAGCAGCGACAUCCUUAUUGAUGAAGUUCUCUAUGAGGACGUUUGAACGACGGCCUCUCAAAAAUGAUCAAUCCCAAAAACAAGUGUGUUUCCUCAGUAUGAUUCAUGGAAAACUACAAAGGACUAUAGAUAAGUGGGCUAAGAAAUUGCAGCUUGACUUCAGUUAAAUGAAAUCCGAUGAAACUGUUCUUGGUUAAGUUGGAAUAAAUAACUGAUGGAAUGAUUUAUAUGUUGUGGAGUGUGAAAAUCUACCUCUCAUUAUAAUCAACAAUCCUGUGAAUAAAAGCUGCAUUUAAAGCUGA